AUGUCGCGAUUGACGGUAUCCACCUGCUCGCUGAACCAGUGGGCGCUUGACUUUGACGGGAACCGGGAUCGCAUUGUGCGCUCCAUUGAGCUGGCAAAGGCGGCAGGAAGUACGUUGCGUAUCGGACCGGAGCUGGAGAUUCCAGGCUAUGGUUGUUACGAUCAUUUCCUCGAGAGCGAUACCGAGCUGCACUCCUGGCAGGUCCUGGCCGAGAUUCUUGACUCGGAUGUGACAUGCGGCAUCCUGUGUGACGUCGGUAUGCCCGUGACACACAAGGCGGCGCUGUACAAUUGCCGCAUUGCUAUCAUGAACAAAAAGGUGCUGCAUGUACGCCCGAAAAUGUGGCUGGCCAACGAUGGCAACUACCGCGAGAUGCGCUUCUUCUCGCCGUGGAUGCGGCCGCAUGAGACAGAGAGCUUGACGCUGCCGUCGUGCAUCACUGACGUCACAGGGCAGACCGAGGUACCGAUUGGCGAUGCCCUUCUGCAGACAGCCGACACGGUGCUGGGUGUGGAGCUGUGUGAAGAAUUGUUUACAGCUACGUCGCCGCAUAUUGGGCACGCCUUGCAAGGUGCCGAGAUCAUUAUGAACUCCAGUGGCAGCCACCAUGAGCUGCGCAAGUUGCAUCGUCGUGUCGAGCUGAUUCGUGAGGCUACAUUGAAGCUUGGCGGCGUGUACUUGUACGCCAACCAGCGUGGAUGUGAUGGCGAUCGGCUGUACUACGAUGGGUGUGCGCUCAUUGCCGUGAACGGCGAGAUUGUGGCGCAAGGCGCUCAGUUUGGGCUGGAAGAUGUGGACGUCGUCACAGCGACAGUGGACUUGGGCGACGUGCGUGCCCACCGCGUAUCGAAAAGCCGCGGUAUGCAAGCAGCGUGGCUCAGUGCCGGGCAUGGCGGCAUGCGGGUGGGUGGGCCCGUGCGGAUUGACGUCCCGGAGCGUUUGAUGUACGAUGUGGUGGACAUUGCCAAGCUGCAUACGACUCCGGCGCAGGGUGUGCACUACCACACGCCCGCCGAGGAAAUUGCGCGGGGCCCAGCGUGCUGGCUCUGGGACUACCUGCGUCGAUCACGUACCCAGGGCUUCCUCCUGCCCUUGUCGGGCGGCAUUGACUCGUGUGCGACGGCGGUGAUUGUGCACAGCAUGUGCCGCUUGGUAUGCGAGGCAUGUGAGCGCCACAAUGAGCAGGUCCUGCAAGAUGCGCGUCGUAUUGUCGGCGAGGCAGAGGGCAGCACAUGGGUGCCAGAGUCGCCGCAGGCGCUAGCGCAGCGCCUCUUUGUGACAUGCUACAUGGGCACGACCAACUCGAGUCAGGCUACCAGGGAUCGUGCUCGGGACCUUGCCAAGGCCAUUGGAUCGUACCACUACAACUUUGAUAUUGACAGCGUCGUAUCGGCGGUUCUGCGUGUGUUUACAACGGUCACAGGCCGUACGCCGCAGUUCAAGGUGCAUGGCGGUAGCCCCGCAGAGAACCUGGCGCUGCAAAACAUCCAAGCUCGAUCACGUAUGGUGCUGGCGUACCUCUUUGCGCAGCUCGCGCCCUGGGUCCAAGGGCGGUACGGUGGUCUGCUAGUGCUCGGCAGUGCGAACGUGGACGAAAGUCUGCGUGGCUACCUGACAAAGUACGACAACUCGUCCGCUGACUUGAAUCCGAUCGGAAGCAUUUCCAAGACGGACUUGAAGCGCUUUAUCGCGUAUGCGCAAACGGCGUUUGAUCUGCCGAUCCUUGCCUCGUUCCUGGAGGCGCCGCCGACAGCCGAACUGGAACCUAUCACCAAAGACUAUGUGCAGAGCGAUGAGGCAGAUAUGGGCAUGACGUACGACGAGCUGUCCGUGCUGGGCCGCCUGCGGAAGAUCAGCCGGUGUGGGCCAUAUAGCAUGUUUGUCAAGCUGCUUCCGAUGUGGACGCCGCGCCUCUCGCCGGACGCCAUUGUCGCGAAAGUCAAGCUGUUCUUCUUUGAGUACGCGCGCAACCGCCAUAAGAUGACGACGAUCACCCCUGCGUACCAUGCUGAGUCGUACAGUCCCGACGACAACCGCUUUGAUUUGCGGCCGUUCUUGUACCCGGCUCAGUUUACGUACCAAUUCCGGCGUAUCUACGCAUUGAUGCAGCAGCUACAUACAUAG